AUGUACAUUAAUACACCUGGCGCCAGUCCUGGCACUCGCAGGAAAUCAGGCACAACAUCCGAGGUGGGGAAGGUAAACGUGUCGCUUGACUGUCACUUUGAAGGGGAUACCUUCUUCUAUCACAGUGUGGAAGAAAAUCAAUACAAACCUAUUGAAAAUACACACGGCAUGGUUUUUCAAGGAUCUCCUAGAAAACCUGUUUCAGAAAACACUUACGGAAAAGUUUAUGUUUUUGAAAACAUGUCAGCAACUCUCCUCUUCUGCAUGGCGAAGGUCGAAGCUCUCUAGCUACUUUCUAUCAAAUGUUUUUCAAAAAACAUCCGAGUCUAUUCUUUUUUGUUUUAUUAAAUUUAUCAUUUAACCACGGAAAAUAUAGGAAGUAUACGAACUAUUCGUAAUCGUUAAACUAUAGUAAAAUUACGAAUAGUUUCUGUAGUUCUUAUCGUUUUGCAAUUACCAAUAGUUCCUAUAGUUCCUAUGGUCUUGAAAUUAGGCAUAGUUCGUAUAGUUCCUGUAGUUUCUAUAGUUUCUAUGCUUUUGCAAUUACGAAUGAUUCCUACAGUUCCCAUAGUUUUGAAAUUCCGAAUAGUUUUUACUUAUAGUCCAACCGUUGUAAGGCUACCAAUAGCCACGUGGCGCCAGUCCUAGGACUGUGAGGAAAUCUGGCACAACACCCGAGGCCGGGAAGAUCAAGGUGUCGCCUGACUCUCAUUUUGAAGGGGAUACCUUCUGCUAUCAUACCGUGGAAGAAAAUCAAUACAAACCUAUUGAAAAUGUUUUACACACGGCCUGGUUUUCCAAAGAUCUCCUAGAAAACCUGUUUCAGAAAACACUUUCGGAAAAGUUUAUAUUUGUGCAAACACGUCAGCAACUCUCUUCUUCUGCAUGACGAAGGGCGAAGCUCUUUAGCUACUUUCUAUCAAAUAGUUUUCAAAAAAGAUCUGGUUUCCGGCCAUUUUCUCAUUAACAAUUCGUCGAAAAAGAACAGUGAAGGGUGGGUUUUGUCGAGCUCAAUGAGUUCUGCAUGGGUCCAAGGAGAAGGAAGUUGGAUCCAGUGAUGGGGCGAAUCACGACGGGAAAUAUGGAAAGAUUUUAAAAAACAGUGAUUUUUUAGGUUAGAAUUCCGAUUAUUUUCGUUUUUUGCCUGGUUUGCUGUAAUGAAUUUUCGAACCUAAUAUGUGCGUUUUGUAGAGCUCAUCGAGUUCUGCUUGGGUCCGGUUACGGAGCGAAUCCAUUCAGGAAAUAUUCGAAUUCUGACCUAAGAUAUAAUCAUUUUUGUCUGCCACUACAGAUAAAAAUUGAGUUACCUGACAAGUAUUUGUCCAAUACAGCUACGAAGGCAAACUUUUAAAACAAUAUUUUAUAGUUCAUUGUGUAGCCCUUUCAAUUCUAUGUAUAAACGAUUCCGGGUCUGAGUGCGCUAACGAUAUCCUGCGUGAGUGAAUAAUACAAACACUUCACUGCCCUUUUGUAUUAAUAGCCGAUGUAUUUAUAAUUAACAGGAAAUAGGAGAAAGACGUUUUAGCUCUAAAUACAAGGGCACGCCACCGGCUACCAUAUGAAAAAAAGCACUUAUUUUGUAACCAAACUGGAAUGUUGUUGAUGAGUUCUAGUAGAAUUUUGCCAGAACUGAGUAAAGCUGGCGUAGGAUGCAACUUUAUGUUUCGGGAGAACGGGGCAUUCCACUAAUCAGACAAGAAUAGGAGCGCCAAGUCAAGGAUUCAAUUGUUAUAUAUGUUGUAGCUGAACUUGAACUUUAUUUUAGGUAUAUAAAAUAACCUUGGGAGACGAUCUCAUAGAAAAGCAACAAAAAUCUGACACUAAAUAGUGCCACUAACACACAUCUGGCCACAGAACAUAAUAGUUUUUAAAUUUUAAAAUAAGAGUGAAUGUAAAAAACAAGGUAAAUGUUCGAAAAUGUUGCUUUAUCUUCUAAUCUUUUCAUUCUUGUAAGUACAAGAUUUUACUAUUAUACAAGAUAGUACUAUAACGGUCACGCACGCUACAUAACAACUAGCGGAGAUCAAGUUUAAAAAUGAUGAAGCAAUGCAGGCUUAGUUGAUAAAUGACUUUUGUAUCAAUUAUUAUGAAGUCGGCGAUAACAUGUGAAGCUAAUAUUUAAUAAUAGAUGGUUUGAAAAGAAUCAUUUGGAAAUCGAAGCAUAGUAGACGCUUCAUCCAAAGUAUUAAAUUUCACGUCAUACUGAAAAAAAACGUCUACUUUUUAAAAAAAAAUAUACGUUUAAUAUAAAAUCCAUUGUAAGAUGCACCCAGGGCAGCCUUGCAGUGAAAUUUAUUUUUCGACACUUCGAACGCGCAUAUACUAGGCAUUCGGU